AUGGACGCACCGCUGCAGCUAAGGACAUUGGGGCCAAAUGGUGCAUCAUCACCUCAAGGUGCAGUGGAGGCAAGAGGAAUCAGCGACGGUGCUUAUGUUGAAGUUGCACAUGAGGACGCAUGUGGAGCCUCUCCGCAUCGUGACAGUGUGGAGAUGGUUGACAGUAAAGAAAGGAAUUCAACACAAAUCACAAGGGGAAUUGAGCCGGUGGGUCCUUCGGGGAGCCAAAAUGAUUCCACAACGUCGGUGGUUGCUGAUGCCAGGGAGUGUUGGAUCUGCCGUGAGGCGUCCGAUACGCCAGAAAAUCGCUUAACGAGUGGUUUAUGCCGCUGUCGUGGGUCGAUUGGUUUAGUUCACACCGGGUGCCUCAAUUAUUGGGUGUUCUCGCAGCGCCGCGUCCGAUGUCCGAGCUGCAAUGCAACAUACAACGUUAUUUCUGUUAGUAGUGAAGAUUUCCCCAAAGGGUUUCUACAUGAAGCAGUUUUACUAGUUCGGCACCUCUAUCUGCCUUUAUUUUGUAAAUGUGCAAGUAUUCUUCUGGGGCUGGUGAUUAACGGUUUCGCUAUUGCGUUUGCCGUUGGAUGUGCCUUCUAUCAUGGGGAGGUGUUUGCCGAUGCUGGUGAUCAAGCGCCCAAAUCAUUCGGUAAUGUUGGCGCUGCUGCGGAUUUGGGUGGCAGCACUGCGACCACCCGCGCAAAUGCACCAAAUGGUGGGGUGGGGGGCUCUAGUGGUGUUUGGUUGUGGGUCGGUGUUAUGCUGUUCGGUUGGUGCAGCACAGCUCUGUGGCGCAGUUUGUGGGUCAGUUGGGGACAGUGGCGCGCUGAAUUCAUUAACGAUGCGGUAGAUGAUGCUCCGAAGCCCCCACCAUACACCCUGGUCGAAUGCCUUCAUUAUUAUUUUGAUAUUGUCGUCAGUAUGACGGGAUGCACGCGUCAGAUGUUGUGGCUUCGCUCCAUGGAGCUGUGCGCACUCACUGCGAUCGCAUACAUCAUUAGUUUUACGUAUGGGAGAGUACUGGUGUUCACUCUCAUUUUUCUGGGUGCAGUUCUUAUGCGGUUGCUUUUUCAGCGGAAGAAAAUCAACGACAACAUGCGCCGAUUUGACGAGGCGCAGGAGCGGAGGCAUAAUGCAACGUACUCCGAUCUAGUGAAGUGGUUCAUUACAUACAUCACCGAAAUGGCGCUCUUUUCGUUUGCUCUGACCAUAAUUGGAGGUCUUGUCAUUCACUACGCGCUUUCCCCUCAUAUAUUGACGUUCCCAACUUCCAUUCCGGCUUUGAAUGAGAGUAUCACGUUUCUUCGACUUUUGCUGUACUGGGCGUCAGGCACUUUGUCCUCCAUCUUACUGAUGUGCAUCGAAACAACGGUGAUUGUGAACAUAUUUGCUCCUGGUGUGGACCUGUUUUUUGUUCGCAGCGUGGAUCUAAACGUCGACAGUGACUCCGCCUAUUGGAGCUUUAUACUGGCACAAAUAUUUGAUUCGGACCCCCUUCAGGUUUUAUUUGACUUCCCCCGCUUGGCGUUAAUUGAGGUUGUGACACUGUUUGCAUUUCUGGCACUCCCGCUUCAGGCCAUGUUCUUCUUGAAUGACCUUCUUGCGACGAAGGUGUUUGGGUCUGCGGGUAUCAAACUGGCGUGGGUUCUUCACAACAGUGGCGAAUAUUUGAUGGGGAAUUCGCCUGCGAACGGAGUGAUUCCGCCUUUUGAUGGUUCAUUUGAGAGUGGAUGGGGGUCGUUGCAGGAGUUGUUGACGGAGCCACUGGAAGUGCCCUCGUUGGUGGUUUCUGGUCUUUUGGCCAAUACGCUUCCUUUCGUCAAAUCCCUCAUUCACUUUCUCUCGUCGACCUCCUCUAUUAAUAUACUACUCGGAGCAGGGACGGGAGUCAUCGUGUCGUGCCUGAAGGUUUUCCCCAUUAAGCGGACGCAGCUGCGAGUUAUGCGGGCCAUAGCUGUGUGGCUUGCGGCGCAUGUGGUGUACAUGGAGGACUUUCUGUUUGACAAGGAACGGCUACAGACGUUGGAUAACUGGCUUCAAGCAGGUGGCGAAGGCGAUGUGCCAACGCAGAGGGUCCCCUUAGCAUUUGUGUUUCUUCGUCGUGAGCGAGUGUUGCCUCCUGAACAGAAGCGACCCGCAUGGCUCAAGGUCCGUCUCAUCAUCUUUUCCGCUAUGUUUUUCAUUGCUUCAACGGGAGUCUUUUGGGCACUGCCCGUUCUUUUGGCGGCGCUACUUUUGCUGGUGAUGCCAUGUAACGCCGCGCUCCUGUGCUGCGCAUUCAACGCCUCAUUCCUUCUUCUGGACUACAAGCUCUACCUAAAGGCGGUGGGCGAAUUUGUUUUUAUCUCCGCUGUUUUGCUCGUUGGGCUCCCCCUACAAUUGUUGCAUGCACUGCGCCUGGCUGUGAAUUUUGGCUAUCCUCGUAAGAGGUUGGUGAAGGAGACGUUUGAGUAUUGCCUUAAUAUCAACCGUACCAUUGGGAAAUACUGCGGUGAGCCGAGAGAUGAGCAGCAAGAGGAUGUAAAAGCCGAGCUUGGGGAAGUUGAUAGCAAUUCUAGUGAUGAUAUUAUUGCAGUGAACGACGACGACGAUGAGGAUUUUGAGUAG